CAAUCCUCCGACUCCUGCUUCUCGAGUAUAGGUUUCGCCUUGCUUCUCUCUGGUGGCACAUUUCUUUAUGUUUCCGCGGCUCACAUCCUUCCGGAGCUGGCAUCAGAAAAUGCGCGCUCGUGCUCCGACUCCGUUGCGCUUGAGUCGGCUGGCAUGGAAUCAACUGUUGUCAAGGUCGGUAGCAAUACUGGGAGCACAAGUGAUGUUUCUGCUCUCAUAAAUUCCGCGCGCCGCGGGCCGCCCGGUUAUCGCGAGGCCAAUUGCAGUUCUCCUACUUUGAGUAUCGACGAGGUGGCAGACAGCGCACAGGCAACCAGAGGACCACAGGACAAGUCGAUUUCUGGGCUCGGGGAUCCAGGCUCAGUGCACUUCCACAACGGCAAGGGCUUCCGGCCAAGUGAGCUAUUCAUCUUAUUGUUGGGAGCUGCAAUCCCGAUGCUCAUCUCACUCGGUCAUUCGCAUUGA